UGCAAUUCUUUCAAUCAAACAAUGGAAAACCAUGAUCAACAUGAGGAGCUCAUGAGAACUCCACUCAUUCCAACUGAUCAAACUACUGGUUCCUCAAGCUUCCUCAAAGCCUGCUUCAAUGCUACUAAUGCCCUUUUGGGAAUUGGUCUCCUGACAGUUCCAUAUGCUCUGUCAAGUGGAGGAUGGCUAAGCCUAUUCCUGUUUCUGGCUGUGGGUGGAAUGACCCUUUACACUGCCCUUCUUCUCAAUGAGUGUUUGAACUCGGAUCCCUCUGUCCGGACCUAUCUUGACAUUGCAGAGCGGGCUUUGGGUACAAAAGGUAGAACCUUUGUUUCCAUUGUCAUGAAUUCGGAGCUCUACAUGGUGGCUAUAGGGCUCUUGAUAUUGGAAGGGGACAAUUUGCACAAGCUAUUCCCCAACUUCACUAUCAAGAUUGGGACACUUAUACUUAUGGAAGGAGGAGGAAUGCAAUCAUUUGUAGUGAUGACUGGUUUAAUCAUUCUCCCAUCCAUGCUUUUGACUGAUCACUUGAGUAUUCUUUCUUAUGUAUCUGCCACGGGGGUAUUUUCUUGCCUCAUUAUUCUCUUCUCCGUAGUUUGCGUUGGUUUGGUUGAUGGUAUUGGCUUCAACGCUGAAGGGUCAUCAAUAAUGUUGAAGGCGGAUGGAAUCCCAACUGCUUUGAGUCUUUACAUUGUUUGUUUUGCUGGUCAUCCUGUCAUCCCAUCCAUAUACUCAUCAAUGGCUAAUCCUCGACAGUUGAGGAAGGUGUUGGUGAUUGGUUUUACGGUUACAGCUGUUGUGUACAUGUUAAUGGCAACAGCAGGGUAUCUAAUGUAUGGAAAUGAGGUGGAAUCUCAGAUUACCUUAAAUCUUCCGACAAAGUCAGUGAGCGGAGAGAUUGCAAUUUACACGACAUUGAUGAUUCCAGUAAGCCGAUAUGCAUUGAUGAUGAGCCCAGUUGCAGAGGGUAUAGAGAAGAGGGUGUUAUCGGAGGAGGAUUACUAUUACAAGAAGAAGAAAGGAGUGAGGUGGCUGAUAAGACUGGCUUUGUUGAUGAGCACUGUGAUUGUGGCGUGCCUAUUUCCGCAUUUUGAGUCGUUGAUGGCCAUUGUUGGAUCAAUCUUUGUGGUUUUAGCUUCAUUUCUACUGCCUUGCCUAUUUUACUUGAGGAUGUUUUCUUAUUUUUCUUACUUGGACAAGUUGGCCAUUUGGGGGAUAAUUGUGUUUGGUUUGUUAGCCGGGGUGGUGGGAACUUAUGCAUCCAUUGCUAAUCUAAUUGUAUGAUUAAUUAGAUUAUGUUCAUUGAAUAUCAGCAACUUAAUUAAGCAGCAUGCCUUUCUCUU